UUGGCUCAUUAUUUUGGAAACAUUUCCUCGACCUCAAGAAGUCCUCAUAAACGAAGCUAAUGGCAUUGGUGGAGGGUGAGAUACAGAGAAAUGUCAGCAAUGUUGGUAUUGUGACUGGAAUAUCCUUUUGUAAAGGAAUCAAGCGAGGGAGAGAGAGAGAAGUGGCAAGUGUCUAUUUAUAGGUAGGUUGGUAAGUAGAUAGGUGAGCUAGGAACGUACGUCUUUUACCUACGUGAAUGGCUGCCUACGUAAAUCGGUAGCGAUUACGUAUGGGCUUCUAUCUACAUAAACAUUGCGGCAGCUUAACCUUAUGAAGCCAUUUGUAACUUUCUUUUUCGGAAACGGGAUCUUUACCAUGAUUAAACAACACAAGUCGAUUCACGAGAUGCCGUAAUCAAUUUUUAUAUGCUACAGUUCUUCAAUGGAAGCUCUCCCUUGACUAUCCAGUAUCUCAGAUAGAAAACAAAAACAGCAUAGAAAAAACGCUUAUCGUUCUUUCCUAAUGUUUACAAUGACAUCUCCUCUUGAUAAAAAUCUUUCUGCAGUCUCAUCACCAGACUCUGCAUUCAGUGAAGGUUCUAUGAAUGAUUUUGAUUUUGAAGACAAUUCCCAAUUUGAAACUUUGAUAAGUCAAAUAAUGUACAAUUCCGAAGAUGUACAGAAUGAUAUGAUGAGUUAUUUUCAGUCAGAAACACCCUCAAGUGAAGAGAUUGCUUCAUUUGACGUUGAUAACUUCUUCAAAUCUGAUCUCAUCAAUGAUGACUUCUUUUCAGGUGAUCCAAACACAUCUAUUUGCACCUCUGUAUACCAUGAAAAUCCCAGUGUAUUUGAAAACAAAUUAAAACCUGUUUUUGAUGACAUUGCCUUCUCUUCCCGAAACAUUUCAGAUGCCACUGAUAAUCAAUUAUCACUAGGUGAAAUAAACAAUGCAUUUGAUCAGGCUUUUGAUCAUGCAUUUGAUCAGCCAUUAUUCGGUAAUCAAUCUGAACUAAUUGAAUCAAAUUACUUUAAUGACAAAGAUGAUCCAGUUUCUGUAUUUUCUGAUAAUCAGAAGAAUCCUGAACCAACUUAUUUGUUUCCAAAUUCCUCCCUUUCCACUUCUAUAUCUUCCAGUUUACCGUCAUAUCACACAAAAUGUCAAAAGCUAAAUAACUGCUUUCAAGAAUGUGAAAAUAAAUUUUGUAGCGAGCCUAAUUUAGGGAAAUAUGCAGCAAAAUGUAAUUCAGUUCAUGCAAAUCUCCAUGGAUAUUUUAGUGAGAAGCAAGGGGAUAAUUGUUCCUCUGCUCAAAUGCAUUUGUUGUCUCCAUCUGACUCAUCUUACGGCAUUGAUAAUUCAUUCAACUACAAUCAAACCAAAAGUUCAAAAACCUUUAAAAAGAAGGACGUGUUUGCAAUACCUAAAUCCCCAAAUGUUAUUUCAAAGACAAGCUGUCUGCAAAAAGUUCUAACAGGUCAUUUGUCAUGUGCAUUGUCACCUUCUUCUUUCAAUUUUCCACAGCAUCAGCCAAGAAAUUUGCAAUCAGGUGCAUUCCCAAACAAACCUGAUAGCCGAUAUUUCAGCUAUAUGCAGAGUUUAAAACAUAAACAAAGUGAUAAACAGCUACACAUUUCCAAUUCGAAAAAGAAUGCUUCCAACAAUGGAAAUUCUCCUAAAAGAGAGAAUGUCUCUGAAUUAGAGAAAUAUUUACGCGGAAUUAUCCCAAUGGGUAAAGACAGUACUGGUUUGUCUUAUUUGAGUGAUGCCUCAUCAAAAUUAAACCAUAUGAAAAAAAGCAAAUCUACAUUUCUGUAUAAACUUUUGACAGGUGAAAUAUCUCAAGAACUAUAUAGUGAGAUUGAUUACAAGCUCCGAGAAACAGAGAGAGCAAAUCUAGCCUCCUGAUAAAAGCUUUGAUAUACAAAUUUGCAUAUAUGUAUGUCUGUAUGUGUAUGUGUGUGCAUAUGUAUGUGUGUGUGUGUCUAUCAAUAUAUCUAUCUAUAUAUAUAUGUGUCUAUCUAUCCAUAUAUACACACACACACAUACAUACACACACACUCACAGGUAUCUCAAAAGUAAAUAGACACCAUAAUUAAAAAAAAUUUUUUUUAUUUUAUUGAAAGAAAUAUUUCUAGAAACAAAAUGUCAUUUGAUGCAUUUAAAUAAUUGAUCUAGUAAUUAGUAGUCAUGGCUUGUGCAGUUUUUAACGAUUUAACUCAUUUGGGCAUCAUAUUAAUGAGCAGUGUCCACACAGGUAUAACAGUACAAUGAGAGGAGUCUAUUUACUUUUGAGACACUUAUAUAUAUAUAUACAUAUAUAUAUAUAUACAUAUAUAUAUAUAUAUAAAGUAGAGCUACAUUUACUAAAGAAAAGCUGGUGUGAUAAUUUUCAUGAUAAUAUAAUGAAAAAUAGUAAAUUUGGGAUUUAUAUUUUGUUUAUAUUUGUUGGUAGGUAGAUUAAAAAUUACUUGAGUGAAUAAACGAGAAUUAUUUAUUUGGAUUUGAACAAAAUUAUGCAUUUUCAAAGAAAAUUAUCAAGCUUUCUUCCUUCAGAUUAGUAGUUUACUAUGUAGUGCUAGUAUUUUGGAGUGAAAUUUUUGUAGAAUGUUAGUGUUUUGGACUUGAAGUUUUAAUAUUUAGAAACAUGCAUUUACACAGAUAAGUAUGUCUGUAUUUGUGAAUGUCGUGUAUGUGUGUACAUGUGCAUAUAUGAAUGUGUAUAUACAUCUAUGUGUGUGUAUUUAUAUGUAUGUUUAUAUAUAUGUGUGUGUGUAUACAUACACAUAUAU